AUGGCUGCCAAGGCGACCCUCGUCUGCUUCAUGGUCAUGGCCCUCGCGGCAGCGCUGCUGGCGGCGCCGGGCGCGGUGGAGGCGGCGACGUGCAGCCCGACGCAGCUGACCCCGUGCGCGCCGGCCAUCAUCGGGAACGCGGCGCCGAGCGCGGCGUGCUGCGGGAAGCUGAAGGCGCACCCGGCGAGCUGCCUGUGCAAGUACAAGAAGGACCCCAACCUGCAGCGCUACGUCAACUCCCCCAGCGGCAAGAAGGUCUUCACCGCGUGCAAGCUGCGCCUGCCAAGCUGCUGA